GUGGGAAGAGUAUGUUAGGAUGAGAUAAAUUGGCGAGGUCAUCUGCUGCAAUAUCCACUGCGAAACUUCUAACAAUUCCAGCUAGAUCUUCUUCACCCCGAAUCAGCAUCAAGAGCCCAAGCUUCACUUCUUCGUUUGUACUUCGUUAUGUUGUGCCUUAAUCUUGGCGACAGUGCCUUGGGGUGGUUGCGUCACAGGUCAUAUCAAACAUAUCAACCUAAGUUCCAUAUCUGAUGCUCGCAAAGCAGCCCCGCCCGACGUGAAUUUGUAGUCUUGAAUUGCGCCCUUUUCACACAACAAGCAGUCUUAAUAAACAAUUCCACAGCCGUCAGUAUGACCACUUACAUCCCUCACUUGACGCUACCCCAGGCCGUCUUCGACAGCCCCGCCGCGUCCAUCCUCCUGCCCAUCGCUCUGGGAACAGCAGUUGGAUAUAGCACCAGACCAAGCGAGGCACAAAAGAACCGUCUCGGGCUAAAACAGCCACCCUACAACCCCCCGCCGGCGGUCUUCCCGCCGGUGUGGAUGGCCCUGUACGGGCUGAUGGGCUACGCGGCCUACCGGGCGGUGCACCACGGGACGUCGCCGCUCAGCGCGCCCGACACCAUCCGCGCCGCCCGGCACGGCGCGACGCUGUACACGAUCCAGCUGGGCCUGAACCUGGCGUGGAUGCCGCUGUUCUUCGGCCUCAGGCGGCCCGUCGAGGCGACCGUCGAUAUCAUCGCCCUGCUCGGCCUCAAUGCUUACCUUACCUAUCUGUGGGGGUCCGUUGACCGGGUCGCGGGCUGGUGUUUGGUGCCGUAUGUCGGCUGGUUGGGCUUUGCUGCUUACCUCUCGGCCGGCGCUGGUUACUUGAACAACUGGGAUCUGGGAGACAAAGGGGCUUCGAAGGACGAGAAGCUCGCUUAGGAGAAGGGUUUUGUACGGGUUAACGCGACAGAAAGAUAGAAGACAUGUAGUCGAAGUUGUAGGUAUAUAUGUAUCGUCCCUAAUCUAUGCCAUGCAUGAUGAUGAA